CAUCAACAAAAGCUAGGGAAUGUGUUUGCACAUCUUUUAAAAAGAUACUAAAAUUUCAGAUAUUUUGGAUGCGCAGUUGUUUGACAAUCAUUUGAAUGAAUCGAUGUGUGUUUUUGUGAAAAUAGAAAAAAUCGAGUAUCGAGCUGUCAUUAAAUAUUUGUUUUCUAAAGGCAAUAUACCUACGCAAAUCAAAGACAAGUUGGACGUUGGGUACGGAUUGAACUUUACAUCAUUAUUUACCACUGUGAAAUGUUAGGUAGCUGAAUUUAAACGUGGCCGUAUCAGUUUACAAGACGAUGGACCUUCGGGACAUUCAAAAACUCCAACCAUUGACGAUAACAUCACUCAAGUUCACCAAAUGAUUUAGGCAUAAGAAAGCUGUUCAAUGCGUUGGAUGCCGCGUUUGCUUACGUUAGACCAUAAAGCGUUUUUGAAUGAACAUUUUCAAUGUUCUGUUGACGCAGUUUAGGCGUAAUAAAUCAGAGUUUUUACGCCAAUUAAUUACUGUAGAUGAUACUUGGAUACACCAUUAUAACCGAGAAAUAGAAAUACAAUCAAAACAAUGGACUGCGAAGGCAGAAUCUGCUCUAAAAGAAACAAAAACUGUUUUUUCGGCUGAGAAAAUGAUAGCGACUGUUUUUUGGGAUAGUCAUGGAGUUAUCUUAAUCGAUUAGUUUCAAAAAGGUAAUAAUCAUUACAAGAUCAUACUACGUAUCAUUACUUGACAAACUGAAGGUAGGAAUUGCGAUAAAAAUGGUUAUAUUUUUGGAGAAAAAAAAAUUUUCUUUCACCAAGACAAUGUGCUGUCUCACAUCUUAGCAUUUGCCAUAGCAAAAAAUCCACGAAUUACAGUUUGAAUUGUUUGACCAUUCUUCUUGCUCAUCAGAUCUAGUCCGCAAGCGACGUUUUUUUGUUCCCUAAGAUAAAAGUUGCGCUCAAAGGAAAGAGAUUUUUAUGAUUAUGUUAAAUGAGGGAGGCCAUCACUUUCUUAAAUAAUUAUUUUACAGAGAAAGACCCCAAAUACCAUUUGAACGGGUUAAAGAGAUGGGAGCAUUGUUGGGAAAAGUGUAUAGACUUUCAAGGAGAGUAUGUAAAAAAAUAAAAAUAAAUUUAUGUAUAAAAAGAAAAAAAUGUCUUGUAUCUUUGUUAGGUCAGAAACUUUUCAAAUCACCCACGUAUAUUAAAAAUAACAUUUAGAUCGGCAUUAUUCGCGUAAAAAUUCUUAUUGGUAGUUUGUCAUUUUGUAUCGUAUAUUGACCAAUGAGAAAGGACUAAAUCCUAUGAGCAACCAAUAGUAUCACUUUAUAAACCGUACGAAAUAUUUUCAUUAUUAAGUACGGAAUUAUUUUAAAAAAGAUUAAGACAAAAUUUCGAUUUGUACAUUUUAUUAAUAACAAGAUUAAAAUUAUAACGAGAAAAAAAAAGAAAUUAUUAUUUAUGAAAAUUGAACAAACGAGUUCGUCCUCUUAUGAAAUUUAUAAUCAAUGCUACUCCUAACCUCUUUCGAGGCAAAACGAAUGUAAGUCGGAAUCGUCGUACAUCGUUCAAUUUGUUUGUGAAAAAAUUUUUGAAGUGAAAAUCUUUUACAAAAAAAAUUAAUUUAAUUAAUUUUUAAUUAAAUGAUCUGAAGCAUAGGUCUCAAUUAAAAACUAUUAUAAUGCAUAUAAAACGUUUAUUGAGCGUUCGAACGUUUUUUCAAGUUUAUCACAGAAAGCAUAGUUCUAAUGAAAAUUAUAUACAUAAAGAAAGAGAGAAAAACAAGAUAGAUAAAAAUGUAUUAAAACUCAAAGACAGGGGUAUGUACGAGGAUAUUUUUCCGAAUAAUUGUAACCAAGAAAUAACAGAUUUAUUAACUACAUCUCCACAAUGUGUUUACGCUGGAUUCGAUCCAACAGCCAGCAGUUUACAUAUAGGAAAUUUGUUAAUAUUGAUGAAUCUUUUACAUUGGCAAAGAGCUGGACAUCAAGUCAUAGCUGUAUUAGGUGGAGGAACUGGUUUAAUAGGUGAUCCUAGUCAUAGAAAGUCUGAAAGAAUCGAAAUGGAAGAACUUCUCUUAAAGACCAACUUGGAAUCCAUUAAAGAAGACAUAGAAAAUAUAUUUAAUAAUCAUAAACAGUAUUUUUGGUCCGAUAAUACCAAAUUAUUGAAGCCAUUGAUCAUCUUAAAUAAUAUCAAUUGGUAUACGAAUAUUAAUAUCAUUCAGUUUGUAAGAAAAGUUGGAAAAUACUUUAGAUUGGGUACUAUGUUAGGACGGACAUCCGUUCAAUCACGUUUAAAUUCAGAAACAGGAAUGAGUUUUACAGAAUUUACUUAUCAAGUUUUUCAAGCAUACGAUUGGUUUCAUUUAGCAAAUAAAUAUAACUGUCUAUUUCAAAUUGGUGGAAGCGAUCAAAUGGGUAAUAUUAUGUCCGGAUACGAUUUAAUCACAAAAGCCACAAAUAAGACAGUUUAUGGUUUAACAUUGCCGCUUAUAACGGCAGAAGGUGGUAAAAAAUUUGGGAAAUCUACUGGCAAUGCGGUUUGGUUAUCACCAUCGAAGUCCUCCAGUUUUCAACUUUAUCAAUUCUUCAUUAGAACCAAAGACAAAGAUGUUGAAAAUCUAUUAAAACUCUUUACCUUUCUACCGCUCUAUAAAAUAGACAACAUUGUACAAGAGCAUUUGAAACAGCCAGAAGAUAGAUUUGCCCAAAAAAUUUUAGCCGAAGAAGUUACACUUCUUGUUCAUGGAGAACUCGGCUUAAAGGCAGCUAAAGAAGCUUCAAUGGUGUUAUAUAAUAAGUCAAUCGAUACUUUAGUUAAGAUGAGUGCCGAUGAGAUAGCCAAUGUAUUUGAAGGAGCAACCGUUGUAGAUAUAUUAGGGGAACAAGGCUUAACGAUAUACGAAUUAGCAACACAAGUUAAAUGUUUCAAAAGUGAUCAUGAUGCACGUAGAAUUAUAUCAGCAGGCGGUUUUUACGUAAAUUAUGCAAAAGUUACAAACUUGAACGAAGUUGUAGUUCCUGGUAUUCAUAUAUUAUCGAAUAAUGUGACCCUAUUGAGAGUCGGUAAAAAAUCAUAUCACAUAGUACGAUGGGUCAAUACAUUAUAAUUGAUUCUUAAAUUUGUAUAGCUUUUUUCUUUUCUUUUUUUUUUUUUCUUCGAAUAAGUAUGUAUAUAUAUAUAUAUAUAACAGAUCUUCAAUGAAUGUCAUUAUUUCGUUUUAAUUAAUCAUUUAUAAAACAUCAGAAUUAAAAUGCUCUACAUUACCAUUCGAGUUUCUACCAGUAAUACUACAUCACGUCGAUAAAGUAGAACGUAUCGUUAAAACUAACGACCAAAGAUAUUAAUUUAUUCUAUAAACGAGUACGAUACUAAAUUAUAUUUGAUAGCGGCUAUGAAGAGACGGAGAAGGUUGGGUGUGGGGCUGGGGGGUAGGAAGAGAGUGGUUCAGGACGGAGAGAAAAACUGAAAGAAUAUGGAAUUUUUAAAGAGGUAUAAACUCGAUUUUGCCAAGUUGAUAAAAUAAAAGAUAAGGAGGAAGCUGCAACAGCAUACGUCGUAGGAUGAUCCGGUCCGUUAUCGGUGGAAUGUUAAAAGGUUAGCCGGCUCGUCAUUUUGGAUUUAUCUGAAUUAAAAUUCUUCAGGGCUGUGCCUUUAAAUGCAUUUUUGGUAAGGUCAUAAAGAUCGUGCAACGAAAUUUUGGUUUUUCUAUUUUUCUUUCUUUUUUUCUUUUCUUUCUUUUUUUUUCCUUUUUAUCUUUUUUCCAAAUAAGAAAAUAUUCUUACGUCGAUUUAAAUUUAUGCAUUCACAUGAAGUAGAUACCUUUAAAGGAAAAGAGCGAGCUUUUUUAUCGUACAUAUCUUCUGUACGUAUGUAGUAGCAUCAGUAGAGAUCAGCAAAGCAUUCCUUUUUAGUCGACAAAUUCCUAAGCAUUC